CCUUCCCGCUUUCAUCGCCGUCUCGCGCUUCCUCCGUUGUCUGGGUAACCGGCGUCUUUCCGCACAGCGUCCGCGUCGCUCGCGCUGCUGUCCACUCUAACAUGGCGGCUCAAUAGGUGAGACAGGAGCAACCGAGUGUCGGAGGAGCAGGAAGAACGCAGCCUACACCUGAUCCAUUAGUGAUCUCCUCUCCAUGCGCCGGCACUGCAGACACGAGCAGUGACGUUUCCAACCUGAUAAUAAGCCAGGUCCUGUCGCCAGUCUCAGAGGGGUCUCACCCAUGUUGAAAUCAUAUACAAAAUCCCAGGUUUGUGUUUCCCUUCUGAGAACGUGCGUACAUCAUGGCUACUGGCGGAGGUACGCCUGAGGAAGGCGUUAUUGAUCAGGAUCUGCCUAAUUGGAGUCAUGAGUCACUUGAUGAUAGACUAAACAAUAUGGAUUGGAGUGGGCAAAAGAAAGCCAACAGAUCAUCUGAGAAAAACAAGAAAAAGUUUGGCAUGGAAUGUGAGACAAGACUUACAAAUGACAUCUCCCCAGGGUCCUCUCCAGGUGUUGGUCGUAGGAGAACAAGAACACCACAUACGUUUCCACAUACCAGAUACAUGUCACAAAUGUCUGUCCCAGAACAGGCAGAAUUGGAAAGACUAAAGCAGAAAAUCAAUUUUGGUGACUUGGAUCAGAGGAGCAUCGGCAGUGACUCCCAAGGCAGAGCAACAGCCGCAAACAAUAAACGUCAACCUGCUGAGAACCGGAAGCCAUUUAAUUUCCUACCACUACAGUUAAACACUAACAGAGAUAAGGCUGCUUCUUCAAGCCCCCCAAAGAGAGAAUCUGGUGUCUUCUCACUACCCAAGGACUUUCUAGCCUCUGCUCUCACUAAAGAUUUACUGCAAAAUUAUCAGGCCUCUUUGGAAGAAGAUGGAGGUGGAGAACCAGCUUUUGACAGCAGCCAGGUUGUGAGUAAACUUGUAAAGAUUCGCAACUAUAUCACCAAGGCCAGUUCCCUGCGAGACGACCUUGUUGAGAAAAACGAAAGGUCUGCAAAUGUUGAGCGCUUGUCAAAUUUAAUUCACCAUCUUAAAGCCCAGGAAAAGUGUUACCUAAAUUUUCUUCAAAAGUUGCUUGCUAGCGAUAAUGAGGAGGAUGUUCGGACUAUAGAGUCAGCAGUGGGAUCUGGUUCUGUAGCUGAGAGCACAUCACUAAACAUUGAUGUGCAGUCUGAGGCUUCAGAUACCACGGGAAUAGAUCCUCAGCAAGAGGCCAAAGAAGAGCUUAAAAAUAUGAAGAAACAACAUGCACUACUGACCAGGAUGCUGCAGCAGCAGGAGCAGCUCAGGGCCUUGAAGGGAAGACAGGCAGCCCUUCUUGCUUUGCAACAAAAGGCUGAACAAGCUAUUGCUGUAAUGGAUGAAUCUGUUGUAACAGAAACUACGGGAAGUGUGUCUGGAUUGAGUUUAACUUCAGAACUAAAUGAAGAAUUAAAUGAUUUAAUUCAGCGUUUUCACAACCAGCUGCAUGAUGUUCAGAGUCCACCGGUACCCGAUAACAGACGGCAAGCGGAAAGUCUAUCUCUUGCAAAAGAGGUUUGCCGAAGUGUAAACUCUUCUGUGUCAGAACCUGUUUCAGAGGAGAGAGGACCACUGCUCAGCAAUGUGGGAGCACAGUUGGGGAAGAGACAGAAAAUGGACUCUAUGCUAGGGGAACUCCAUACAAUGCAAGAUCACCAUUUAAAUAACACUACAUGUUCCCCGCAGAGGGUUUUGGAUCAAAGGAGUAUAGGUUCAUCUGCCUCUGCACCACCGGCAUUUGACAAUAGGGCACCAAACAGCCCAGGCACAGCGGCUCCUUAUCCUUCUGCCACUUUUAUGAAUGAUAGCGACGAUGAAGAAAAUCAAAAUCCAGCUGAGAAACUGAAAAAAUUGAAAGAAGUUCGUAAAAGGCUUAAUGAGCUACGGGACUUGGUCCGGUAUUAUGAGCAGACAUCUGAUAUGAUGACUGAUGCAGUAAAUGAGAACAUUAAGGAUGAUGAGGAAGAGGAAACUGAAGAUUCAUGGGUUGAAUCUGACCAGGAAGUGAAUCAACCAGUUAUUAACAUAAGAAAUCCACAGCAUUUGAGUAGCUGGGGGCCAGUGAAUAGCAUCACUAAUUCACAAUGUGGAACAAAUAACAGAGAUGAAAGGCCGCUUAAUACGGACUGCGAAAUAAAUAACAGAUCUGCAGCUAAUUUAAGAAGCUUCAAUGCGUCCUCUGCAUUAGAUUGCCUGUACAAUAGGGAAACUGAAGAUAAAGGGCGUGAUGUUGAAUUGGAGGAGGAGGAUGAUGAUGAUGUAGAGGAAGACCAAGAGAGUGCAGUAUCCCUCUCUAGCCGGAGCAGUGUCUCAGAAGACGCUCGACAUGAUGAAUUUGAAGAAAAAUUUAACCGUCUUAUAGCAGCUAAGCAGAAACUGAGACAACUGCAGGAGCUUGUUGUAAUGUAUGGUGAUGAUACAGAGUCUGAAACAAUACCAGCUGAUAGGUCAGCUAGUGACAGUCAUCAUUUACUGGAGGAGGCAGACACAAAGCAGCAACCAAAUAAUACACGCCCCAAUGCAUCUAAGGCACAGAGAGAUGUAGCUCUUAAGGAGCAAGCAAGAGAGAAAUUUUAUGAAUCAAAGCUUCAGCAGCAGCAACAGGAAUUAAAACAGUUACAGGAAGAAAGGAAAAAACUUAUAGAAAUUCAAGAGAAAAUUCAGACACUACGGAAAGCAUGUCCUGAUCUUCAGUUGUCAACCUCUAGUGUUGGAACAUGCCCGACAACCAGGCAAAUGCCUACCGCUGCUUCAACUCCGGAUAUUAAUGAAAGUAGCACAGCAGUUAUGCCAAGCAUGCCGGACCCAGAAGAUUCCUCUUCUGUGGAUAAUGAGGUAUGGUCAGAGAUUCGCAGGCACCAAAUUUUAAGGGAAGAUCUUCGUCAAAGAAGGAAGCAGCUGGAGACCUUGAUGGCAGAGCAUCAGAAGAGACAAGGACUCACAGAAACUACAUCUGCUGGCUCUUUAAGAAGUGAUGACUCUGAAACCCAAGGCCUCCAGCACCAAAGCAAAACUGAAAAAACAAUGGCAACUUGGGGAGGAUCCACACAAUGUGCUCUGGAUGAAGAUGAUGGCUGCAUUUCUGAUAUAAAUCAGGCAGAGGAAGAAGAGGAGGAGGAAGAUGAAGACGAAGACAACACAUUCCAUGAAAAUACUGCUUUUCGCCAAGGCAGCAUGAAUCGGAGUGCUUUUAGCGGGAAAAGCUCUAAACAGGGAUGGAAAAGUCAGUGUACAUAUUCGGUUGAUGGCAAUUACCGUCCCUCUCCCAAAGCAAGACAGCAGCAGAAUAUUAGCAUGCGAAGACAAGAAAAUCUGCGUUGGGUAUCGGAGCUGUCACAGGUGGAGGAGAAGGAACACUGGCAGGAGCAAAUAAACCAGCUCAAAAAACAACUUGAAUUCAGCACAAAUAUAUGCCAGACUUUGAUGCGUGAUCAACAGUCUCUCUCCUACCUCCUACAAAGCAUGGUCACAAACCCGUAUAGUGUGAUGCCCAGUAAUGUUGGAACGCCACAAGUCCACCUUAUAAUGCACCAACUGAAUCAAUGCUACACUCAGCUUACUUGGCAACAGAGCAAUGUUCUCAGGCUAAAGCAGAUGUUGAAUGAUGUUAUGCAGCAGCAGCAAGAGCACAUGCAGCAAAACAGCCAGGAGAGAAAGGACCGAGGCAGCAAUGUUCCGCCACCUUCAUCCCCUAAUGUGUUUAAUAAUUUCAGUUUCCUCCCCCCGCCCAUGAACGUUUUCAACAUGCCUACAUUUGGAAGUAUCCCUCAUAUGGUACCAGGUUUGAAUUUCAACCCAGUCUUUCAGGCUGGGAUCGGGAACUUCACUCAUAAUUCUGCUCCUCAGCCUGACAUACCCCUCCAGUCUCAUGAUCCAAACACUUCAGGAAAAACUGAGUACAUGGCAUUUCCAAAGCCUUUUGAAAGCAAUUCAUCAAAUACAGCAGACAAACAGAGGAACUCCCCUAAAACGGACGAUGAAGGGGAGCAUAGUAGAAGUGUCUGGUUGCAAAACCAAAAUAAAGACCAAGGGAAAAAGUCCUCUGUCAUAGAUGCUGGACAUUCAGGUCUGGGCGGUUCCCAAAAGCAGCCGGAGGGCGCACUCAGAGUAGGGCAGUUUGAUGAAGAGUCCCUAGAAAGUCUGAGCAGCAUGCCCGAUCCAGUGGAUCCGACAACGGUUAUGAAAAUGUUCAAAUCUCGAAAAUCAUCAGCCCAAGCCAGCCUGGCGUCCAAGGACAAAACCCCCAAAACUAAGAAUAAGAAGAGGAAAAUUGCCCAUCAGAAAAACAGAGGAUUGAAAAACCUUGAUCUACAUGCCAGUGUCACCAGCAAUGCUGACAGUACAGCCCGCAGCAGCAAGCAUGCACAGACAGAGGAAACAGCUGUAGGAAUUCCCAUCACUAUUGAACACAUUCAGCGACUUAAAAAAGACACCAAAGCUGCUGACAUUUCCUCUGAGGCUGGAAGUGACUUCUCUGUGUUUGAAGCAAUGCGUGAUACCAUUUACUCUGAAGUUGCUACUCUGAUUUCACAAAACGAGUGCCGCCCACAUUUUCUUAUCGAGCUCUUCCAUGAGCUGCAGCUUCUGAACACAGAUUACCUAAGACAAAAAGCACUGUUUGCUUUACAGGAUAUUGUGACCAGACGUUUAGCUGAAAGUACAGAUAAGAAACAGGACUGUUCCAAGCCUCUGGAAUCGGCUGGAUGGAUGUCUUCAAACUCUGAACUUACACCAAGUGAAAGCCUGUCUACAACCGAUGAUGAAAUGUUUGCAAAAAACUCUGUUGGCCCAGUAUGCAAUUUAGAUGAGCAGAAUGAUGCAGACAACAUAAGCACUUUAUCAACCUCUUCCAAUUUUGAGCCCUUUGCAACUGAUGACCUUGGUAAGACUGUGAUUCAUUUUGAUCUAACAUUGGCAAAAAUGAGAGAAUACGAGCGCAUGAAACUGGAGACUGAAAAUAAAUUAGCUGCUGACUGUUGCAAUAACCUAAAUAAUACAGCCACUAAUUUAGAAGACAUGGGUGAGAAGCGCAGUGAUGAUGGUUCUGCAGUUCCCUGUCCGCGUAUUGAUACGCAACAGCUAGACCGACAAAUAAAGGCAAUUAUGAAGGAAGUCAUCCCAUUUUUGAAGGAACACAUGGAGGAAGUGUGCUCUUCUCAUUUACUGACCUCCAUCAGGCGAAUGGUUCUCACUCUAACCCAGCAAAAUGACGAGAGCAAGGAAUUUGUCAAAUUCUUCCACAAGCAGCUGGGCAGCAUCCUGCAGGAUUCCCUGGCAAAGUUUAGCAAUAGAAAGUUGAAGGACUGUGGAGAAGAUCUUCUUGUUGACAUAUCUGAAGUCCUGUUUAAUGAGUUGGCCUUCUUUAGGCUGAUGCAGGACAUGGACAAUACCAGCAGCACAGUGCCAGGCAGAAGUCAGCCAAAGUCUGAGGAUGAUUUGCAGUCUUUCACCAAAGAGGCACAGAAAAUGUUUGUGGGAGAAGAAAGCUCAGAUCCACAAGAGAUUGAUGAUGAAGACAAGGACAAGGAUGAAACAGAGACUGCAGCAAAAAUACAAAAUAAAAAUAUUAAUGUGUCGGGUGUCCAAAGUGGGAGAUCUGACAUUUCAGAGGAAGAGGACGGAAAUGAAAAUACGCCUGUGUCUUUCAGUUUAUCAAAGGCAGAAACACAGGCUUUAACAAACUACGGUAGUGGUGAAGAUGAGAACGAGGAGGAAGAGAAUGAGGAGUUUGAGACUGGGCCUGUAGAUGUGCAGACCUCACUGGAAGCUAGCACAGAGACUGCUGAUGCCAAUGAGAAGGAUAAGACUUUGAAAAAUACUCUGAAGGACGCAAUAGAAUGUGAUAAAACAGCAGUGGUGACUCAACAAGAAGCAGGAGAAGCACUGACGGCAGAAGAGGAACAGAGAGGUGCACCUGCCAAUUCCUCAUCUGACAGUAUGUCUGCUCAACUGAUUCUAAAUAAAGAAAGUGAUCUGCCUGCUUCAGUGGAUGUGGAUACCAAACCACCUCUGAUGUCAGCAGAGAGCUCUGGACCUGGCAGUCCAGCUUCUGAUUCACCUGUGUUAGUUAAUGAAUAUGAAAGCGGUUCUGGAAAUUUGAGUCAGAAAUCAGAUGAAGAUGACUUUGUAAAAGUUGAAGAUCUGCCUCUUACACUUACUAUACCCAAGGCAGAUCUAAUGGCUGAGAUGGAAAAAGAGGGACUGAGAAAUAACUUGUGUGAUGAAAUUCUGAAUGGACAAGGAAAUGGUGCUGUUGAGCUGGCAGGAGAUGACUUGUCACUGAAAGAGCCUGAAUCUUUUGGAUCUCAUUCUGCAUGAAACUAAAAUACAGCAAACACAUGAGUGACCUGUUCAAGAGCUGAAGCAAAACGUAAAGCUGCACUAAACGUUUUGAAUUUUAAAAUGUUGUUCAAUGUUUAUUAAAAUGUUCUUUAGGAUACGACCAUUUAGGCUCUGUUGAAAAUAAAUACAAAAUAUGCCUAUGGCAGUUCUGUUCAUGUAAGAAACCGACAUUGUUCCAAGAGUCUAAGCACUGUUCUCUUUUCCUAUCCUAAUCUUUCUUUGUCUUUGUAUGAUUUUUUUUUUUUUUUUGUAAAUUCAGAAUUGUUAGAUUGAAGUUCUAAAUAAAGUUUGGGCUUGUCUCUAA